ACAGCGUUUGAGGAGGUCCAGCGAAAUGGCUUUAAAAUGACUAAGAUUCUAAAGCAGUAGACGUUCUAUCAAAGUUUGGAUCCCAGUCUCUGACUACCUAAGGUGGCUUCAGGCUCAGCUUUAGUGGACACCACACUGAUCGUAGCAGCAAUAUAGGGUGAUGCUCCGAACAUGUCAUCAGAAAGAUAAUGACUGGAUAACUCAAGAGGCCACAACUUGCUUAGUCGCUUGAAGUUAACAGGAAGGACAUCCGACUGGAUCUGGACACAUUUCUCAUUAAACAGAUAACUCUUGCCUGGCACUUCCUUUUCUGCAAUGCUGACUGCUGUAUGUAGUUCUCUGGGUAACCAACCGUCAGAGGCUCCUGGCUCUCCUUCCACCUCUGAACUAUCCUUGAAGCCAUACCCAGUUUCUCCAGACUCUGAUCCGGGAGUCUCCCUUCAACAGGACGAUAUUGGGGAGUCCUCUUAUCCUCCUGCUGAACGUUAUACAUCUUUGUCCUCUGUGAAGGUCCCCUUCCAGACAUUUUCAGGUCGAGAAGCUGUAGACAGCAAUUCAUUAUCAAAAUUCCUGCAUCCAGCCCUCGAGAUGUCUCAUCCAUAUGAAACAUGGAUCAGGCCUCCAGUUCCAGGUGGCUCAGUUGAAGAGAGUGGAGUUCCUCCAUGGUGGGAUCUUCAUGCUGGUCCCAACUGGGUAGAUAUGCAACCUGGUGCUGGUGGCUUCUCCAGCCCUCCACCACACCAGACACCUCUAGGAGGAUAUGGCACAGAGCUCUGUGUUCCCUCUACACAUAUGCUUCCUCCUGCCUCUCAUCUCAUGGGAGGUUUGGACCCUACUAUGGAAUCUCACUCUUCUGACCAAGGGUCAGAAGGGCCCUCACGUCCUAAAGGAAGCCGGCGUGCAAUGCCACGUAGUUCAGCCCAAACUGCCUGCCGCUGUCCUAAUUGCCAAGAAGCAGAACAUGGUAGUACCAGUGGUGAGGGAACCAAACGCAAAAAUCUGCACAACUGCCAUAUACCAGGAUGUGGAAAGGCAUAUGCCAAGACCUCCCAUCUGAAGGCCCACCUACGUUGGCACAGUGGAGAUCGACCUUUUGUCUGCAACUGGUUGUUCUGUGGAAAAAGAUUUACUCGAAGUGAUGAGCUCCAGAGACACCUACAAACCCACACAGGGGCAAAAAAGUACCCUUGCCCUUCCUGCAGCCGUGUUUUUAUGCGCAAUGAUCACCUCACCAAGCAUUUGAAAACCCAUGAAAGUGAGAACCGGGGUGCAAAUGAUGCCUCUGGCAAGACCAAGAGUGAUUCAGAGGAGGGCAGUAGAAGUCAAACAAACUGAUAGCGCCCUGGGGAAAAAAACAAAACCAACAAAAUAGAAGUUUAGUUUAGGGAGCACUUGCAUGCAUGAGCUCCACUCUCACCUCCUAAAUGGGAACACAAAAGAGGGAUUCUGUAAUGCCUUAAUUUAUUUUGUAGAUAGCAUAGAUAACCAGCUCUAACAGUCCCAUCUACCUCCUAUGGGAUAUGAGUAGGCCAAGCAGUGGAAGCGUAAUUAAUUACAUGGACUUGACAUAGACACCUAGACUGAGUUCAGCAAAGCAAGCACUCCAUGUGGUAAUGUCUAAGAGGUGACAGUGUGUGGUCCCAUGGUCAGAGAGAAAAUGCUGAAGCAAUACUUGUUUAGAUCUGGAAGUGAUGUUACCCAGGGAAGGCAUGGCAGAAUCAG